AGCUUAUAGCGGCUCUGCCAAGGCGCUGGAGCUCGGGGCAGUGCGCAGCGCGGGCGCAGGCAGAGGCUCAGACACCCUAGCAGCCGACACCCAGGCGGCCUGGAGCCAGGAGAAUCAUGAGCAGCAAAUGUGACGUGAUCGUGGUGGGGGGCGGCAUCUCAGGUAUGGCAGCAGCCAAACUUCUGCACGACUCUGGCCUCAAUGUGGUAGUUCUGGAAGCCCGGGAUCGUGUUGGAGGAAGGACUUAUACCAUUAGGAACCAAAAGGUUAAAUAUGUGGACCUUGGAGGAUCUUAUGUUGGGCCAACCCAGAAUCGUAUCUUACGACUGGCCAAGGAACUAGGAUUGGAGACCUAUAAAGUGAAUGAAGUUGAGCGCUUGAUCCUUCAUGUCAAGGGCAAAUCAUACCCCUUCAGGGGCCCAUUCCCACCUGUGUGGAACCCAAUUACCUACCUAGAUCAUAACAACCUCUGGAGAACAAUGGACGAGAUGGGUGAAGAGAUUCCCAGUGAUGCUCCCUGGAAGGCACCCCUUGCAGAAGAGUGGGACCACAUGACAAUGAAGGAGUUGCUGGACAAGAUCUGCUGGACUGAAUCUGCGAAGGAGCUUGCCACUCUCUUUGUGAACCUGUGUGUCACUGCAGAGACCCAUGAGGUCUCUGCUCUCUGGUUCCUGUGGUAUGUGAAACAGUGUGGGGGCACAACCAGAAUCAUCUCAACAACCAAUGGAGGACAGGAGAGGAAAUUUGUUGGUGGAUCUGGUCAAGUAAGUGAGCGGAUAAUGGAUCUCCUCGGGGACCGAGUAAAGCUUGAGAGGCCUGUGAUUCAUAUUGACCACACAGGGGAAAAUAUACUUGUGGAGGCCCUAAACCAUGAAACCUAUGAGGCAAAAUACGUGAUUAGUGCUAUUCCACCCAUUCUGGGGAUGAAGAUUCACUAUAGUCCUCCUCUGCCAAUGAUAAGAAACCAGCUGAUCACUCGUGUGCCUUUGGGUUCAGUCAUCAAGUGCAUGGUUUAUUAUAAAGAGCCCUUCUGGAGGAAAAAGGAUUUCUGUGGAACCAUGAUUAUUGAAGGAGAGGAAGCUCCAAUUGCCUACACACUGGAUGAUACCAAACCAGAUGGCAACUAUGCCGCUAUAAUGGGGUUUAUCCUUGCUCAUAAAGCCAGAAAACUGGCACGUCUCACCAAAGAAGAAAGAUUGAAGAAACUUUGUGAAUUGUAUGCAAAAGUCCUGGGCUCCCAAGAAGCUCUCCAGCCAGUCCAUUAUGAAGAGAAGAACUGGUGUGAGGAGCAGUACUCCGGGGGCUGCUACACCACUUACUUCCCUCCUGGGAUCAUGACCCAAUACGGAAGGGUUCUACGUCAGCCAGUGGGCAGGAUUUUCUUUGCAGGCACUGAGACUGCUACACACUGGAGUGGCUACAUGGAGGGGGCUGUGGAGGCCGGCGAGAGGGCAGCCCGAGAGAUUCUGCAUGCUGUAGGGAAGAUUCCAGAAGAUGAAAUCUGGCAGCCAGAACCACAGUCUGUGGAUGUCCCUGCACGGCCUAUUACCAGCACCUUCCUGGAGAGACACUUGCCAUCUGUGCCAGGCCUGUUAAGAUUGCUUGGAUUGACCACCAUCUUUUCAGCGACGGCUCUUGGCUUCCUGGCCUACAAAAGGAGGCUUCUUGUGAGAGUCUAAAGACAAGUCAUCUGCAAACACGGUCUUCUACUUGGCGUGCUACUUGGCAUGAAGGCAUUGGGAAGGGGUUGUGGUAGAAUCCUAUGAAGACAUGAAAGAUGUAGACUAUCUCUUUCCCCAUUUUGACCCCUUGUUUGCAUGGUGUCCCACCCAUUUCCAAAUUUCCUGCCCUCAGAAUCUUUAAAAGAGUUACAUAGGCUUGCUUAAACUUCUUAUUCUUUCACAACAUGCCUCUCCAUGCACCCAAGUUUUUUCACACCUCUGUGGUUUUGUGAUUUUUUCUUUCCUCCUAUCUGUGACAACCUCACCUUUCCAAGUUCUCUGCAAUUGUCCUUAUAAUCCUGUCUUAUUGUAUCUGGAAGAUCAUAGAUACUAUCUAGAGCUCACCUUCUAUUUUAGAAUUGAAUAAACUAAAUACAACAGAGAUGGAACUUAAUCACACAAGGUCCGUAAUAAGCCACUUGUGUUUGGCUAACUGGAACACAAGUUCAACGCUUUUCCUAGCUUCUAAGAUGUAUUCACUAGUUCUCCUCUGCCCUCCUCUAUCUUAUGUAAUGUCUGAGAUAGUUGUCCCUGUAUGGAUUUACCUCUGUAUUCAGUGGUCUUGUGCUACUCAAAUGCUACUCAGUAAAUAUCCUUAAGUCUUGCUGUCUUAUGCACUGUCUCCAGCUUAUUUUAAUUUUUCUUGAGAGUAGGGCUCUUGUCUUUGUCUGUCUGUUGUAUCAUCCACUAUGUUUCCAUACAAAGGUCAAAACACACUUGGGUAAUUAAAAAUAAAACUUGGGUAAUUAAAAAUAAAA